UCUUAUUUCCCGCGAGAUCUUGAGAGCACUAUGGGAAUGCACAAAUAAUAUGGCUGUUCCAAGCAGCGCAGAUUUACGCAAAAAAAUCAACUGUCCUGCUAUGAGCUCAGAAGGAAGCGAAAAAAUUCUAGAAAAGAAAGAAAAGUACGGUACGAUGUAUUCUGAUAAUUUUAAUUCAAAAUCUUCACAAAGCUUUGAAUCUUGUGCCGAAGACGAUGAAGACGAACUCACUGAGUUACUUGGUAAAGUUCAUUCCGGUAUCCAACAGAGGCGUCUGUUUACUGUUGAGCAGUGUACUCAAAUAGAGAAAAAAAUCGACAAAGUGGUUUUUCUUGCCAACAAAGGCUUUUACAAACGUCAUACUGUUGACAGAGCUCCUCUUCGUAACAAAUAUUUUUUUGGUGAGGGUUAUACGUACGGAUCACAAAUGGCAAGAAGAGGACCAGGAAUGGAACGCUUGUAUCAGAAAGGUGAGGUGGAUGAAAUCCCGAAGUGGAUUGGAAGAAUGGUAAUUAAACCUUUAGUUGACGCCAAACUGAUUCCAGAGAACUUUGUCAACAGUGCUGUGAUCAACGACUACCAACCAGGUGGUUGCAUUGUUUCCCAUAUUGAUCCUCCUCACAUUUUUGAGCGUCCCAUUGUCUCAGUCUCGUUCUUCAGCGACAGCGCACUUUGCUUCGGCUGCAAGUUUUCCUUCAAGCCCAUCCGUGUGUCCAAACCUGUCUUGGAAUUACCUGUUAGUCGAGGCUGUGUUACUUUAAUAAGUGGCUAUGCAGCGGAUCAGAUUACUCACUGUAUACGACCCCAGGAUGUGGUGGCCAGACGAGCCGUCAUCAUUCUGAGAAAAGUGAGAGAUGAUGCACCUCGUGUUGAAUCUUAUCUUCCUCGAGAGCCAGUUGAAUAUGUCAGCCGCAAGCGACACCUUCAAGGAAAGUCUGAUGAUUCUGAUGAUGACUUGCCAUCACGCAUUGUGCUAUCAGCAAGGAGCACCAAAUCUUCACCUGUGUCAAGAGUGUGCUCUAAAGUCGUGUGCCUUAGCAAUAACUCCGAUAGGCAACGAGGGAGAACAAACCGCCGUCGAGAUAGUUGCAGUGAUAGUGAUGAUGAACUGGGACGAGAGGCACACCUUGAUCACUCAUACCGGCCUGUGCAGACUUGAUUGACAUGUUCCAGAGAUCUUUCCCGGUGUGAUUUUUGUUUACUGGGUUUUCUUAAAUACCUGAAGUAAAUUUAUCAAUUUACUUAAUUUUGUCUCUGAUAAGUCUGAUAGAAAAAAAAACAUGCAGAUCUGUUCAAAGAGUCAUAUGCAUAUGUAAAGAAAAGUUGUUUUUUUUUCUAAAUUUUGUUUGAAUUUCUUUUAUCUUUUUUCAUUGCUGCUGUCAUGUGAAAUCUUGCUAUAAUGUUGCUUUGUACCAUACCUACUUAAAAAGCGUCUUAUAAAAGAGCUUCUAGAGGAACCUUUAAGAUGUGUUCAAAUAAUCUAAAGAAAUAAACAUCUGGUCAUUCAGAUGUUCACCCAUGUUCUUCAGUGGCUCUAGCUUUCAAAAUUUAGUGUUCAAAGACCUUUAACAGAGUUUUGUUGGAAGUAGUAUGAAGCUCCUAUAUGAGGCAAAUAGGGUCACAGAAGUAGUACUUGUAAAGGAAUUGGGUAAACAGCUCUUUUAAUUUGCACUUAAAGCAGCCAUUCCUCAAAAGAAGUAGUGGGUUUUACGUCACACAUUAUAAACAUUUUAUGUCCAAUCAUAGUUAAGAGAACAAAUUUCUUCUAACCAUGUGUUCACAUCUGAGAAGAUCUUUACUUUCAGUGUUCUUUACAGCCUUGUUUGUGAUAUUCAGAGGAUCAUGGAGCUAUACUGCAACCUCCCUUACACCACUUAAGUGAUAAAUUUGUUGAUGUCUCAGAAAAUUUUUGAUAUUGUAGGAUCACUGAGGGUGGGAUGCAUGUAGUUUGUUCUUGCUGUCAUGUUACCUUAUCCAUUCCAGGGGCAUCGUACCUUUAGUGCACUGCUUAACACACUAGCUCAGGAUAUCACCUGGGUGGUCCGGUGCUGCAACUGUUAGGGCCUGUCACCAAUACAAUGAAGGUUGGCUGUUCUGGCUUCAGUUCUUGUCUCUAGCACGCUGUUCUCACUCUGCAUAUGGCAUCUGUUUACAGGGCUGGCUGCCUUGCUGUGAUAUAGCCCUAAUUAUAAAUCACCUAUUCCCACCCCUCAGGGUAUUACCUAAUGGUGACUGUCCCAUUAGCAGUAGUGGCCUUUUUUUUUUUUGUGUGCAGGGGAAGUAAAUAAGGGACAUCACUCCCUGUAGCUCAAGUAAAAUUCACGAAGUAUGGAGUGGCUGAGUAACAUGGAGUUUUAGUCACAGGCUGUAUGUCACAAGCACAAGCCACACAUUUUAUUGGAAUGUUAAUAUUUUUGAACCUCAGACUGUGGUGUUAAGAUAGGAGGAUCCAGAAUAACAGCUUUAUUCUAAGUAAAUCACUAAAUUUGUUUUGAGUUUGUAGUCAGCAAAUGCUACUAUCUGUAAGUCACUCAUGCUCUCCUCCUUCAGUUAUAGCAUGUUUGCAUCUGAAACUUCCAUGUCCCAUUAAUUUAGUUUCAAAUGUUUUGGUCAUGGAUUGUUCUUUUGACAAUUUUACUCGUCAUCCAUUAAAGGCAUUUUUCAGUUUUUACUAUUCCAGUAUUUAUGUUACAAACUCACUUUAUGCUUUGUAACUAUCUUGUGUAUUGUUAUGAUGACCAUUAGAAAAAAAGCAUAAUUAUCACAUUAUAACCUUUUUAGGGAAAGGUAUCUCUCCGUUCUAGAAGAUAUUAUGCCAUGUUCAAAUUUAUGAUGUAAAACUAUAAAUUGCAUUAGAAUAAUUAUGUAUAUAAGGAAUUUCUAUUUCCAUUUAAUGAUGAAAGUAUAUGAUUACCGUUUGUCAUAAUGUCCUGGAAGGAUGUAUUUUUAAAAAUAUAACUUGUUUUUAAACUGACUUAAAACAAAAUUCAUUUUGAUGUACAUUAAAAGCAUAGGGCAUGUGACUAAUGUAAUUACUAGUUAGUGUAUAUUUUUUCAAUAAUAUCAAGAAUAUAAAUUAGAAUUUAAAAAAUUUUAUUAAUAUGCAAAUAGCAUAAUUAUGCAUACCUUUUGGGUUGCUGCUUGUGGCUUUAGAUGUUUCUGUAGCAACAGAUUAUGUGUGAAAGGCUGGAACCAAGCAGUUUACAGUGUCUUGGGCAGUUUGGAUAUGCUAGCUGUAAAACAGGGGAGGAGGGGGGUGCUGUUGUUAGUUGCCUUUGCAGGUGUUUUUUGGGUUAUGUUUGUGUGAUAUGGGUCAUUUAAGCAUAUUAAUCUUUGAGUGUUUUAGUUUGGAGUCAUAGAGUUCUAGGACUUUUUUGUGUUGAACCUUAGGCCUUAUGGUUGUGUUUGUGAAGAAGGCUACGAGACCUAACUUUUGGCUCAAGCUUAUUUUGAAUGAGAAAGAAGCAUUACCAGCUAUUUUUGGGGUUUUUUAAAACUUUAAAUUUGCAGCCUCCUAGUGUGUGUGAAGUGUUCAUUAAAUUCCUUUCUUAGGUUUUUAAUGGACAUGGAGAAAAUCUUUAAUAUAUUGUCUGUUCAAGAUUGCCGGUUGCUUUCUUUUAACACAGUAUGCAGGCUAAACUAUAUAAGUAAAAUGUAAGACAUUUUACAUUCUAACUCUGUUGUUAAUGGCUUCCAGGGGCAAUCCCUGCAUGUUACAUGUAUGUGUGUGUGUGCAUGUACAUAGGGAUGUUUACCCAAGAAAGACAGAAGGCAGUAACAGAACUCGAAUGAAUGAUGUUAAACUGCUUUUCUCCCACCCCUAUGGAAGUAGGAUAUUCACAUCCAGUAAAUUUAAGUGGUUAUGGUUAUAUAAAUCAGAAUAUUCAAACACAAAAUGAUUGGAAGAUGUUGAAGGGUAAGUUAAUUUAUAGAGUUGUCUUUUUUUUUUUUGAAGGACUUUAAUGUUGUAUAAUAUUUUGUUCAGAGUUGAUUCAUUUGUUUUGCAGAAUAGCCAUUUAAUACAGCUGAACAAAACCUCAUGGUUGUUUUGGCUACAGUCCUACAUGAAGAUGCAGUUUCUUGGUUUAUUUUGCUUCAGUGACAUAUUUAUGAUUUUGCUGUUGCAUUUUGAUGACUUGUUCUAAACACUUUUUUGUACAUAUUUAUAUUCAUGUGAUUAGUUGGAAACCUGUGUUUGAAUACUUACUACUGUGAUCUGCAAACAUUGCAUUUAAUUUGAAUGAGAGUAAACUACAGUGAUUGACACCUAUUUCAUCUUAUGAUGUCAGGUGUUGUGCAACAUUUUCAUUAAGAUGCAGUAAAGAAAUAAAGCUACUUUAUUGUCCGUAAA